AGAUGAUGGCAGCAGCCAUGUUGCUACAGUACUGUCCAGUGCUUGCCCGGGGCCCCACAGGCCUCCUAGGCAAAGUUCUGAAGACUCAUCCAUUCAUUCUUGGCAUUGGACAUUGUCCUAUUUUGGCUAUCCAAGGACCAAUAUGUUCUCAAAUCCAUCUUAAGGCAACAAAGGCUGGAAGAGACUCUCCAUCUUGGACCAAGAGCCACUGUCCCUUUAUGCUCUCAGAACUUCAGGAUGGGAAGAGCAAGAUUGUACAGAAGGCAGCCCCAGAAGUCCAAGAGGAUGUGAAAUCUUUCAAGUCAGAGCUGUCCAUCAAUGUGGCCUCAAUCAGCCUAAGGAAUCCAUUCUCCAGUCCCCAGGAGCAAGAGCAAAUAUCAGGGACGGUCACACACCUGAUUCAGAACAACAUGCUUGGAAACCAUACCUUUGGUUAUGACAAGUUUUUUAGGGACAAGAUCAUGGAGAAGAAACAGGAUCAUACUUACCGUGUGUUUAAGACUGUCAACCGCUGGGCUGAUGCAUACCCCUUUGCCCAACACAUCUUUGAGUCAUCUGUGGCCUCAAAGGAUGUGUCUGUCUGGUGCAGUAAUGACUACCUGGGCAUGAGUCGGCACCCUCGGGUCUUGCAGGCCACACAGGAAACCCUACAGCGUCAUGGAGCUGGAGCUGGUGGCACCCGCAACAUCUCAGGCACCAGUAAGUUUCAUGUAGAGCUUGAACAAGAGCUGGCUGAACUGCAUCAGAAGGACUCAGCCCUGCUUUUCUCCUCCUGCUUUGUGGCUAAUGACUCUACUCUCUUCACCUUGGCUAAGAUCCUUCCAGGGUGUGAGAUUUACUCAGAUGCGGGCAACCAUGCUUCUAUGAUCCAAGGUAUCCGCAACAGUGGAGCAGCCAAGUUUGUCUUUAGGCACAACGACCCUUACCACCUAAAGAAACUUCUAGAGAAGUCCAACCCCGAGACACCCAAAAUUGUGGCUUUUGAGACCGUUCACUCCAUGGAUGGUGCCAUCUGUCCCCUUGAGGAGUUGUGUGAUGUGGCCCACCAGUACGGGGCCUUGACCUUUGUGGAUGAAGUCCAUGCUGUAGGACUUUACGGACCCCGAGGCGCUGGGAUUGGAGAGCGUGAUGGAAUUAUGCACAAGAUUGACAUAAUCUCUGGAACUCUUGGCAAGGCCUUUGGCUGUGUGGGUGGUUAUAUUGCCAGCACCCAUGACUUGGUGGACAUGGUGCGCUCGUAUGCUGCAGGCUUCAUUUUCACCACUUCACUACCCCCCAUGGUGCUUUCUGGGGCUCUGGAAUCUGUGCGUUUGCUCAAGGGAGAAGAGGGCCAAGCCCUGAGGCGGGCCCACCAGCGCAAUGUCAAACACAUGCGUCAACUACUAAUGGACAGGGGCCUUCCCAUCAUCCCCUGCCCCAGCCACAUCAUCCCCAUUCGGGUGGGUGAUGCAGCACUCAACAGCAAGCUCUGUGAUCUCCUGCUCUCCAAGUAUGGCAUCUAUGUACAGGCUAUCAACUACCCAACCGUCCCGAGGGGUGAGGAGCUCCUGCGCCUGGCACCCUCCCCGCACCACAGCCCUCAGAUGAUGGAAGAUUUUGUGGGGAAGCUGCUGGAAGCCUGGAAUGAGGUGGGGCUGCCCCUUCAGGAUGUGUCUGUGGCUGCCUGCAAUUUCUGUCACCGGCCUGUGCAUCUCGAGCUCAUGAGUGAAUGGGAGCGUUCCUACUUUGGUAACAUGGGUCCCCAAUAUGUCACCACCUAUGCCUGAGAAGCCAGCUGCCUUGGACCCCACCCCUCCUGUACUGCACUUGGGGCUGGACCUCCUCCUGUCCUCUGCUUUGUUGUGUGCCUCUAGUUGAUUGAAGUCUAAAAAUAAAGAGCAAACUGCAGCA